AGGUGAGAAACCAUAUCACUGAUAUCUGUGGUAAAUCAUUCUCAUAGCAGUGGCUUAACUACUCACAAAUGGGUUCAUACAGAGGAGAAACCAUAUACCUGUGAUAUCUGUGGAAAAUCAUUCUCUGAUCACAGUCAUUUAACUCAACACAAAAAUAUUCAUACAGGGGAGAAACCAUAUCACUGUGAUAUCUGUGGUAAAUCUUUCUCUCAUAGCGGUGGCUUAACUUCACACACGCGUAUCCAUAUGGGAGAGAAACCAUAUUCUUGUGAUAUCUGUGGUAAUUUUUUCUCUCAUAGCAGUAGCUUAACUAAACACAAAUGGGUUCAUACAGAGGAGAAACUAUAUACCUGUGAUAUCUGUGGUAAAUCAUUCUGUUUUGGCAGUGCUGUAACUCAACACAAACGUAUCCAUACAGGAGAGAAACCAUAUUCCUGUGAUAUCUGUGGUAAAUCAUUCUCUCAUAGCGGUGGCUUAAAUAUACACAAACGUAUUCAUACAGGGGAGAAACCAUAUACCUGUGAUAUCUGUGGAAGAUCAUUCUCUGAAAGCAGUAACUUAACUAUACACAAGCGUGUUCAUACAGGGGAGAAACCAUAUACCUGUGAUAUCUGUGGUAAAUCAUUCUCUCAGAACAGUGUCUUAACUCAACACAAACAUAUUCAUACAGGGUAGAAACCAUAUACCUGUGAUAGCUGUGGUAAGACAUUCUCUGGAAAAAGUCACUUUCCUAUACACAAAUGCAUUCACAUUCAAGAAAAAUCAAUUCACAGUGAUAUCUGUGGCAAAUCAUUUACACAAAAUCAUUUCUGAUUUAAACAAGUCUUUCCUUCUGAAGUGGGUCCCUAACACAGUGAUAUUUGUUGUAUAACAUUUCCUCAGAAGGACAAAGGACGUAUCUCAUAAAGACAUCCACAGAAUAUAGAAACUAUAUGAAUGUGACAUCUAUGGUAAAUCUUUGACAUGAAAUCAUCCAUUAUUGAAUCAAAAGAGCAUUGACUGAGGAACGAAAACAUAUCACUGUGAUGUUAACCCUGAAUCAUUCUUUCAAAUUGGUGAAUUGUUUGUACACAGUCCUAUUAAUAUGAAAGAUAUAACUGUAGCCUAAGCUUUUUCUGAUAACUCAAUCUAUGAAAAUGAUCAAUUAUUGAAAUGUAAAUGCAUUCAUACAGAAGACGAACCCCGAUGAUGAUGAUCCUCAUCAUUUAACAUUCUCCUAUUCAUGCUUCUGUGGAUCAGAUGGAAUUCAUUGAUGGAGAUUUUCUACAUCUGGGUACCUUUCUUGUGACCAAUGCUCACCUGUUUCCAAGCAAGGAAAUAUUUUCCCUGGUGAGACAUAUUUCACGCGAAGGACUGGAAAUGAACAACUGCACAAGACGGUCAUGAUGGCCCUUUCCGAACAUCACAUAAUAUCUGGACAAGGAUA